AUGAAGCUCUCUGGACUGAAGUCGGUGGAGAACGCCCAUGACGAUUCGAUAUGGGCGUGCGCAUGGGUGCCCGCCACGGAGAACCGACCUGCGCUCCUCCUCACGGGGUCCCUCGACGAGACAGUCCGCCUUUGGCGCCCCGACGCCCUCGAAACCUUUUGGCCUUCUCCCAGCACCGGGCACUGCCUUGGCGUGGUAUCAGUGGCGGCGCAUCCCUCUGGGGCAGUGGCCGCGUCGGCUUCCCUCGACAGCUUCGUCCGGGUAUUCCAUGUUGAUACCAAUGCCACCAUUGGCACCCUCGAGGCACCGCCCUCCGGGGUCUGGGGGAUGCAGUUCGAUCCUAAGGUCAGGGUUUUUAACUUUUCUGUUUGAUGAGAAGUUUUUUGGUUUUACAAUAAACAUAGGGCUCACAUGAAUGCUUUGGAUUUCCCCAUUUCAGAAAUAUCUCAGUCCGUGCGCAUUAGAUUGAGAUCUUCUGGGUUUUUUUCACGAAAGAUGCGCUUGAUGGAUUAGGAUUCAACUUCUUCAUUUCUUUUCAUUCAAGGAGCCCUCUUUGAUAGAAAUUGCCUGAGAAAUUAUUUGAAAUUUUCUCAGAACCUGAUUUCUCUAUUAAACUUGACUGUCCUACUCUUAAACGGGCAAAAUUAUUUGUUUUAUGUGGAUUGUGUUAAAUGUAAUCUCCUAAACCAUUUUUGAGCUUUUUUUGGUUUUAGAAUGAUAAUUCUUUUUUUAAUCCUGGAUUGCUUUGUCCAUUUUUCUUCUCCUUUUAUUUGAACCUGCGUUACAUUAAACUUCAUAUGCUGUGAUCACAUAUUGAGAAGAAUGAGUAAUUGUGGAUUGCAUGACACUUAAUUGAAAUCAACUAAUUUUCAACUACUCUGAUGAACCUCCUGGAAUCAAGAAUGACAUAUAUUGUUUUCUUCUCUGUGCACGACAACUUUACCAAUGAUGGCCAGAUUUCAGAUAAAUUACUUUGGCAGAACCAGAUCAUCUCGGGAGUUCAUUCUGUAGAUUCAUGUCAUUUUCGUAGCUAGAAAAUUCGAAUUCAGUGCACCCAGAUUUUCAUUGAUACUAUGACAGAUGAGAAAAGCUCUAAGCUCUACCUUGGUUUAAAUGGUAUUUAGUGACGGUUACUGUGGUAUAGAUGGUGUCUGCACGAUUGAUUUGGAUGCUCAUGGAUAAGUAUAGCAGAGGGAGGACUUUGGAGGGAUUAAAGCCCUUCAUUAGGUGCCAUUGAUAUAAGACUUAAUAUGCUUGGAAUGGUUCACGGGGGUUGACAAGAGGUUGAAGCCGAAUUUGAUGUUGUUCUUUUUGAAGUUGUUUGGAAUAAGAUCUGUAAUGCCCCUGACCAUCUGGCCUGUGGCGGGGACUCAAUUAAAAAAAAAAAAAAUUGAAUUAUCUUCUACCCAGAAAUAUACAUUUUGCAAAAGGUUCUUCUCUGUGUACCAAGAGGUUCUCUUUAGCUAAUGAAAUAUGUCUAGAAACAGAAAGAUAUUGAAUGGUCUUGUCCCACUACUUGUGGUGAAGGGCGUGGGGACAACUUUUCAAUUGCGAAUCGUGGGAAGAAGGAUAAGGUGAACAUACGGGAGGCCCUGACCAAUUUCUGUCUGAAAUCCAUGGAAAAAUAAGCAAUGAGUGAUUGUGUAUCUCAACAUUCUGAAUGCAUUUGAAGGUUAAUCAUUUUGUCAACUCAUUGGCAACGUCUUGUUUACUUAUCACAUGAAUCACUGGAUUAAAUUGUUCUGGGCAAUACCGGGACCUAAUUCUUAAUUUGUAUGCAUACAUAUUUUAAUUUUGGUUAUCCUUUUUUGCUAUUUGAUUCUUGGUUAGUAACGUUUUAGAUGGAAAUCCAGGAAAUAUAGCUUCAUUUCUUUGGGUAUGAAAAUAGUAUGUUGGAUGAACGUUUCACCCGUUUGGAUCUGUCAAGGUCAUAUGUUUGGUGUUUCUACCAUUUCUUGGUUAUAUGUUUGGAUGAACCAUUGGAUACACUUGUUAAACAUAGAGUCUGUUGUCAGUCACAUAUUUCUGUAAUUUCUGCCCCAUACGUUCCAUAAAUGACCGAUAUAAAAAGAGUUAUGCGGCAAAUAUCAUCUUCAUGAUCUAAAGUUAUUCCUUUAUUUUGAUGCUUACUUGGGGUGUGUUACCAAAGUUUUCAAAGAGACAUGACCAUGCGUUUGUGCUGGGCUUUUUCAUCGGGCAUCAACUCUGCUGGGAAGUAUUUAGGCCGAGCCAAAGUGUAUUAAGAGAGAUUACUCAAAGGAAGCAGUGUGACCGAUAAAAAUAAAUGAUCUGACUAAUAUGUGAUUCUAUUAAUUUCUCGCUUCGCAAUUAAAAGUAAUUAUGAACCAUAUAAUAUAUUUAGCCCCUCACAUCAGGCGUUCAAUACUUGUAACAUCUUUUAUUUGCAAGUUUUUUACUGUAUUUCGGAUAAUUUUGACCACUUGAAUUUAAGACAAAGUUUACUGGUAGUUCCUAAACAUUCUUUACCUUGUAGGAACUUGAGGAGACUAUCCUCUAUGCGAUUAACAGUGCCUAGUAAUUUCAUCAGAGUUGCUCGAUCUCUUUCUUUUGUGGGGACUAAUAGACUGUCAAAGUCACAAUCGACUAGUAGACUAUCCAACUCUGAAAACUGAACUAAAAUAGGUUAAGAUCAUUCUUCACAUCCCACAUGUAACUUGAUUUUUGCAUAACCAUUCGAAGUUGGUGUUUAGGUUGUUGAAUAGUUCAAGCUCCAAUGUCUUUGUAUAGAUAUCUACAAUCUUCUCCUUUGACCGAUAUGGCCUUUCUUCAUGUUCUUGAAGCGAAAACUAGUGUUGAAUCGUUUGCGCACUGUAUGAUGAAUGUGAUUUUCUCUAGAUAAUGAUAAAUUAAUUAUGAAAAUAGCUCUUUGUGUGCUCUUGUUAAUGGAUAGGAAGAUUGUUGAGAAUGUUUCUCAUGUAAGUGUAUGCCAAACUCCAUAGCGUAUUGCAACCUAUUUCAUUUAAUAUUCUGAAAGCAUGAAAGUAACAACUCAUGUGAGUUAUGCACUUUAAACGAAAAUUACAGGUGAGAAUGUGCUCUUUCUUCCCUUCUUUCUUGUAUAUUGGCUUAGCUCUUGAUAGAAUAUCCAAUAGGGUACAUUCUUCUUCAUAUGCCAUGCUUGACAUCUCAGUAUUCCUGCGAUCGUCAUAGAAGAAACGCUGUUAUGGUCUGCAGUUGUGAAAGUAGAUGGGUAAUCAUCAUCAUCAUCUGAGGUUUCUCGUGUGCUUCAGUUAAGAAAUAUCGUUUGAGAAUACCUCAUGUAUAUUUAAGAGAGAGAUCUCAAUAUUUUAAAUAGUCUAAAGUUGUGUUGAUUAUCCACCAUGAUUCGGAGAAAAUAUUGCUAAAAUUUUUAUUAUGUUGUAAAAUACAAGAACAAGGAAGCUAUUGAAGUCGUAUUCAUCAUCAGAUCACAUGUCUAAACUGUAGAGGGUUCAUCACUUUGACAAGUGAUGAUUUGAAUCAAAUAUAACUUUGGCUUAUCCUUUUAUUAAAUUAUUUUAAAGUUGACGAGAAAUUCAGCACUGAAGAUAGGAGAAGUGUCUCAUGAUUCUUCAAAACCUGGGAAAGUGUUUGUUACUGUCACAUAAUCCCUUGAUUGACAUUCAUGAGAUUUGUAGUUGCCCCAGGAGUCAGAAGUGUCGCACUCUUCUAUGGGGCCAUUUCAAUCCCUUCUUAUCCUAUUGUGGUCUCGCCCAUUACCUUCCAAUAGCAUCCUGUCCCUGUGCUUUUUAUGUCAUUAUAGGAUAGUAUUAGUCCCCAUCAAUCACUCUCUAUACGUUGAACAGAUUUAUAUCUGCUUCUAGCAUUUCCUUGGGUAAAUAGUCUCAUGCAUCUUCCGCUCAUGGUAGCUGCUCCACAACGGAUAUGGUUUUGCCAACCAGCUAGCUGGCUAGCUAGCUAGCUAGCUAGCCUUGUGGGCUCCUGAGAUAGAUUAUUCGAUUCAUAGAUUCUAGGCAGCAUGGGAAACUGAAGCCGAUGUCCUGGUGCCCAUAUACCCAUUCAUUCUCAUUCUCUCUCACUUGCAGGGCAAUUUAUUGGCGGUGGCCGGAGGGAGCAGCGCCUCGGUGAAGCUGUGGAACACGUCCACGUUCGAGCUGGUAGCCACCCUGGCCAUUCCCCAUUCAGAACAGCCGCGCCCGGGGGACAAGAGCGGCGGCGGCGGCGGCAAGUUCGCGCUCUCCGUGGCGUGGAGCGCCGACGGGCGGCGGCUGGCCUGCGGGUCCAUGGACGGUACCAUCGCCGUCUUCGACGUGGCCCGCGCGAAGCUCCUGCACCAGCUCGAGGGCCAUUUCAUGCCGGUGAGGUCCCUCGUCUACUCCCCGCUGGACUCCCGAGUGCUCUUCUCGGCAUCGGACGACAGCUGCGUCCACAUGUACGACGCGGAGGGGAAGAGCUUGGUGAGCGCCAUGUCGGGGCACGCGAGCUGGGUGCUGAGCGUGGACGCGAGCCCGGAUGGUGCCGCCAUCGCCACGGGCUCCAGCGACCGGACGGUGAAGCUCUGGGAUCUCGGCAUGAGGGCCGCCGUGCAGACGAUGAGCAACCACGGGGAUUUGGUGUGGGGCGUGGCGUUUCGGCCGCCGGGCGGCGCCGGGGUGCGCGCCGGCCGCCUCGCCAGCGUCUCCGACGACAAGAGCAUCUCUCUCUACGAUUAUUCAUGA